AAACGUGCUUUCAAGACUGCGUCAAAGUCAGAACUUCACUGACGAGUGGGACAAGACUACAUUUGAGGUGACAGCGUGGAAGUUUCCAGAAGAAAAAGAAGCAAGAUGCAUGUGAAGGUGAAAGCUUACCUGCUAAGCAAAGACGAGGCGGUGAGAGAGAUCCGCAAAUUUUCGGUGGACAACGAGCAGUUCGAGAGUCUCUGUCGGAACGUGAGCGAAGUGUUCUCCAGUCUGAAGAGCACCGAUUUCAACUUGCAGUACAAAGAUGAGGAGGGAGACCUGGUGGCGUUGUCCUCGACUAAAGAGCUGCUCUGGGCCCUGAGGUGCAUAAAGGACGACACUCUCAGAGUGUACAUCAAAGAACACAACGCGUCUUCGACUGAGGAGGAGGUAGACGCGGACAAUGACACUGAUGAAGAGCCGACUCAACUGAAAUCCAAAAAGGAGGCUCUGUACCCUCACCUGCCUCCAGACAAAGUGCUGAAGGAGGGUCCUCCCGUGGUUCCUCAGCAGGGUCCUUCAGGUGUCAAAGAGGCUCUGGACCCUCACCUGCCUCCAGACAAAGUGCUGAAGGAGGGUCCUCCCGUGGUUCCUCAGCAGGGUCCUUCAGGUGUCAAAGAGGCUCUGGACCCUCACCUGCCUCCAGACAAAGUGCUGAAGGAGGGUCCUCCUGUGUUUCCUCAGCAGGGUCCUUCAGGUGUCAAAGAGGCUCUGGACCCUCACCUGCCUCCAGACAAAGUGCUGAAGGAGGGUCCUCCCGUGGUUCCUCAGCAGGGUCCUUCAGGUCUCAAAGAGGCUCUGGACCCUCACCUGCCUCCAGACAAAGUGCUGAAGGAGGGUCCUCCCAUGGUUCCUCAGCAGGGUCCUUCAGGUGUCAAAGAGGCUCUGGACCCUCACCUGCCUCCAGACAAAGUGCUGAAGGAGGGUCCUCCCGUGGUUCCUCAGCAGGGUCCUUCAGGUGUCAAAGAGGCUCUGGACCCUCACCUGCCUCCAGACAAAGUGCUGAAGGAGGGUCCUCCCGUGGUUCCUCAGCAGGGUCCUUCAGGUGUCAAAGAGGCUCUGAACCCUCACCAGCCUCCAGACAAAGUGCUGCAGCCGGUCAAGUGCGGGCAAGAUAGGAAGUAUGUCACGUCUGAUUCUGACACGUCUGAUUCUGACACGUCUGAUUCUGACAUUUUCUCUGCAUCUACAAUGUUGUUCUCUGCAUCUAAGACGUCUGACACGUCUGACACGUCUGACAUGUCUGACAUGUCUGACUUGCCCUCUGCAUCUGCAAGGUUGUUCUCUGCAUCUAAGAUGUCAGACAUGUCAGACAUGUCAGACACGUCUGACAUGUCUGACUUGCCCUCUGCAUCUAAGAUGUCAGACACGUCUGACAUGUCUGACUUGCCCUCUGCAUCUAAGAUGUCAGACAUGUCAGACACGUCUGACAUGUCUGACUUGCCCUCUGCAUCUAAGAUGUCAGACAUGUCAGACGUGUCAGACACGUCUGACAUGUCUGACUUGCCCUCUGCAUCUGCAAGGUUGUUCUCUGCAUCUGAGAUGUCUGACAUGUUCUCUGAUUCUGACUAAAGCUUCAGCUGACAUGACAAGAUGGAGCUCCUGGUUGCAGGAGCUCUGUGCUCUUGUUUCCAUCUUUGCGUUCUUGAUCUUCCCUUCUUGUUUCCAUGUAAUUUUAUUUUUUAUCUUUUGGAUCGGACCUCUUCACAACUGUGAAACAAGGGCUGGCCCUUUUUGUGGCUUCUGCACUGCUUUUUUGUAGACUUUUGGAUGUGCCUCAGAGGAGCCUUUCGGCACCGGAGACAAGCUGCUGGCUCUCUGCGACGCCAGAGUCUGUGCGAAGAGACUGCAGAGCUAGCGUUGGCUCCACGUAGCCUUGCCUGGAUGAGCAUGUAAAUCGGGACACAAAUUCUCACUGUUCCGCACGGACCGGACAUUGGCCAAGAGCUAAUGGGCAGCCUAGGACGGGAGUCGGCUCUCUUGGUCGCUUUGUUAGACCUAUUCCUGCGUCUGGCCGUGCUGAUCCCCACCGUGGUGUAUGUGGGUGUUGAAAUGGUGGUUUUGUUUUGUUGGAUGUGUGCAGUAUGUAUUACUCACUUGUUCUUUCGUUUUACUUUUGUAACUGUAUGUACCAAAUAGCAUCUCUGAAGUGGCCGCUGGUUUCAUCAGUUCUGUGAUCUUUUAUGUCCUUUGUGUUCUUUAAUGUUCCCCUCUUGUUUUUAUAACAAGAUGGCCGCCACGGUACUGUGUUUCUUAUAUUGAGCAAAGAAUUCCUUGUUUGUUACAUACUUGGCUACUAAAGAUUAUUCUGAUGACAACA